UUUGGAUGCCAUCACCGCCAUGUCGACGCAGGAGGCUGCCGACCUGGAAGCGAACGAAGAGCGGGUCGAGCAGGUCGUGGUGUGUGCGCUUUGCUGCGUCCGCAGCCGGAUCAUUCAACUCGUGUGCGUGGCGCUCCCUAGCGGCGUGUGCCUCUGCAUCUAUUGUUUCAGCUCGUCGCCUCGACCAGAGGCGGCACUCAUCGUGGGACUCGUUCCGGUUAGCCUUUUUGGUCUAGUCCUUGUGUGUCUUCCCGGUCUCGUAUUUUGGAGUCAGGUCGCCACGGACCACAACGACGCCCACCGUGCCCACCGAGUGCUCAAAGCAAAACAGCAAACGUCCCGCAUCGCCGGCCAAGUCGCGUGCGAUGCCACAGAUGCGACCGACAACCAGCCGCCCAACACAUUCGCCUUGUGUCUGGAUGCAGCCAAAUCCAACAAUGUCGAGUUCAUGGUGUGGGCAUUAGCGAAAGGUCAAUGCCCAGACGAAACGGAUCAUCUGGGGCGGACACCGCUCCACUGGGCAUGCUGCAACGGCAGCGACGACGUCGCCGAGAUGCUAAUCAAAGCAGGCGCGGCCUUGGACUUGCACGAUCGGCUGGAAGGGUUCACGCCCCUCCAUUACGCGGCGUUUUACGGCCACAUCAAGCUGACACGGCUCAUGGUGGUCAACGGAGCCAACAUGGAAAGCGAUUGCAAUAAACACAUGAACCCGCUGCAGCUCGCAGAAAUGGCGUGCCUCAAGGUCCACACCGUGCAGCCUUCCCACCCCCUCGUCAUCAAAUACGUCCGUGGCAUGCGUACUCCGAGUGGUUUCGUGUGUGCGGGUGACCUUGCGAUUUGAUGGCGGCGGCGCUGUAUUGCGUUGGCAACGUUUGCGUUCUGGUUGCCUUACCGUUUCUGGUAGCUGCGCACGGCUAUGGGCGAACGCGCGACGCCACCUCUGGAACACACAUGCGGGCUGACUGUGGCGCGGCUUCUCGACCGACAUGGAAGUAUCGAACCCACGGAGCCAGGGUGAAGCCCGACUGGCAGGUUCGGGUUUCGAUGGUGCACUGAAUUUGGCAGAGUGGCGGCACGACAAUGAGGUAUUGGUCGAAAUGAACGCUGCAAUAAAGGGGUUGUCGAUUACAGCACGUCGUCGUUCACGAGGAGUUCGCAGUCGUAAAUGCCAAGGGGGAUGUGCUGGGUGUCAGUUUGAACCGUGGAGACGAUCUGAAGCAUCCCGUGGCGCAAUUGACUCUCGAGCUGCAUGUGGUACUCGUCGGGGUUGGCGCUCGGAUGGACGAGGACUCGAAUUGGCAACGUCCACUUCUCCCACACGACUUUUUCUUCGUUCUGGACGAAUCCGAACAGCGCCUUGUUCACCCGCGUCUCAAAGAACACGACUGUGAUGCGGUGGCCUCUGCCCGCGUGAUGACGUGUCAUGUGUCGUUGGAAUUGCGCGAUCGCAGCGUCCACCUUGCGCGUGACUUCGGCCACUGGGCAGUACGCAUAUGUGAUGGGCCGAAAACGGCAGUGUGCUUCGGCGGGCCGCACUGGCCCGGGAGCUCGAGUGAAGAGUAUCGUGUGCAGGAGACAUGCAACACACUCGGCAAGCUCUGACACUCCCACUCGUAGCUCUUCCAACUCGUGCUCGUGCGUCACGCCGGCCGUCGCCGCCAUCGCCAUUUUUGCAUUCCCGUGAUACGCCAUGGUGGUUUUCUCGUGAGAACACUCACACUAUUUAACGAUAACUUAGUUGUGCAAUUCUCG